CUGGGUCACAUGACUCGCCGUUGAGCGCCUUCAUUCUGCUCUGAAGGGACGUAGCCGCGCGUCCUGCGGGAGAUACUCCAAAACUUACGCAUCGUGCCGUCAGUGUUGCGUUUUCUCCUGUUUCAGUGAGUCAGAUACGAGCUGCUCAGCUGGUUGUGCUCGGGGAGAGCCCCGCUGAAGUGAUCAAACAUGCCGGUCCGUACCGACCGCCGCCAGGGCCCGUGGUUGGCCUGUACGGCCUCGGCCUCUCUCGUGCCGCCCCCGCCGAUCAACACCCUCCAGCCCGGCGUCAACACCUCGCUGCUCUACAGCGGCUCCCAGUUCCGCGGCUACCAGAAGAGCAAAGGAAACUCGUAUGAUGUCGAGGUGGUUCUGCAGCACGUGACCACGGAGGACUCGUACCUGUGCGGAUACCUCAAGAUCAAAGGCCUGACAGAGGAAUAUCCCACACUCACUACCUUCUUUGCUGGAGAGAUCAUAAGCAAGAAAAGGCCUUUUUUAACCAGGAAAUGGGACGCGGAUGAGGAUGUCGACAGAAAACACUGGGGGAAGUUCCAAGCAUUUUAUCGGUACGCGAAAAGCUUUAAUUCGGAUGAUUUCGACUAUGAAGAACUAAAGAAUAGCGAUUACGUCUUCAUGCGGUGGAAGGAGCAGUUCCUAGUUCCAGAUCACACGAUCAAAGACAUCAGCGGUGCUUCCUUCGCUGGCUUCUACUACAUCUGUUUCCAGAAGUCUACAGCCACCAUCGAGGGCUACUACUACCACAGAAGCUCUGAAUGGUAUCAGUCUCUGAACCUCACACACGUCCCUGAACACAGCGCACCCAUCUACGAGUUCAGAUGACACUGACGUCCUGGAGGUGAAUCUACAGCGGACCGAGGAACUGGACACGAGAGGAACUGUCUAACGAUUACGCCCAGGACUCGGCUGUCCUCUCCCCUCAGUCUAAGAAUUAAACGGAGGUACAGAUGACGGAGAAACUCUUUCAGGAGACGGUCUACACAAGCCGAGCAAGCGAGCGGGAUUCGGGGAUUCGCAGCAGUGUUUUGGGUUUCCUUUUAAGUUUCAGAGUUUUUAACGCUUCUGUCCUUCGAUCAUCUUAGAAAACUACUUUUAUCCUUAAGGUUUGGGGAUUAAAACCACAGUUUUUCUUUGUCCUGGAUCGAAGAGCCAACUC